AUGUCGAAUGACGAAUGUCUUCUCCCCCGCAGAGAAGAUAUUGGCAUUCAGCUAGGCAUCGGUAUUUCAGCUCCGAGUCUGUAUCUUUCUGCCGACUCACGAACAGCUAAAGAACACAAAACCCAAUGGAUCGAAGCCUAUACUGGGCCACAAGACAGCUCCUCGCGGAGGUUGGACAUCAUAAAUAGCACCGGUCGGUUAUUGGCAGACUCCCAGGGGCCCAUUUCAGGUCGAAAUGUCGAUACCGAAGAUUUCCUCAGUGAUGAUGAAUUCCCUGAGGAUGUGCCCGACAUAGCGGAAAUCGCGGACGAGCGUAGUCUUCUCCUGAGCAAUGCUUUUAAUAGUGCUUCCUCCUGGAAGGACAUAUUUCCUGUGCUCCCAACUCCCUUUAGUCUAUUUGCUAAAGCUGGCGCUCCAUCUGCAUCGAUGUUCAAAGCUCACGCCGAUGCGCCCAUCACCAACAAGGCGUUUGUGCCGAAGGUGCUGCUCUCCAGUCUCCAAAAUACGAGCUUUCCCGCUACUGUUGGCGCAGAUGAGGAGUGCACAUCCACUGCCGGGGCGGUGCCUAAGAUAUCGGACUUUGGUUUUAAGGUUGUUGACCCAACGAGGCUACAGCUCUGUACUGCAGGCCGAAUACAAACGACAUCGGACCUGAGGCAAGAAAGGGAGGGAAGAGGCAUACUAGCAUUUGUAUCAGGUGAAACAAAUUCAACCUUGAAUCUAUCACUAUUGAUCGAGCCAGAAGACUCACAGUCAAAUGAUGCAUGCAUGCAAGCCAAAAGCUAUGAAAUACACAAUAACGUGAAUAAGUUAGACUUGCUAUCGCCCAUCAAGAAUAUCAAAAUACCUAGGCUUUCCACUACUUUGAAUAGGGAUUCUAAUGCCAUUGGAAUUAUAACGGAAACGGCGCUCGUAAUAGUCACCAUUUUGGCAAUAGAUGCUCCGAAGGGCGCUAUUAAAACUCAACAGCUUGAACCACUAGAUUUCACACAACUUGAACAGUUUCCAGUUGUUGAUGUUGCUUUUAACCCCUGGAACUUGGAUCAGUUUGCCGUAAUUGAUACAAAAGGCAACUGGUGCGUGGGCGACGUUGCGAGGAGUAAAAAGAAGUCCCGGCGACUGCGCUUGUUAAGGAAGUUUAGCGGGACUAUUUUUGACCCAGAGGAGUACUCCAAUUGGAAUAUGAUAGAAUGGUCACAUAUUCACACAAGAUUGCUUGUGAUGAAUAGGUCAACUUUCAUGGAAAUUGACUUUGUAGACGGAUGGCAGCAGGAAAUUGUCCAAGCAAAGACGUGGUCUAACUUGCGCGAUUUUAAACGCCUUUCCGAUGAGAGCAGUGUCCUACUCACCUGCAAAGAGAUUAUAUUCCUAGACCACAAGCAGCAGGGAACAAAGAGGGCGCUAUCCUGGAAACACAAUUGGGAUAGCAAAGAUUCAUCUCUAAAGCUUGCUAUACACAUUUCUGGCAGCCAUAUGAAACAAUAUUUACAUGCAUUCCUAUUUUCCACCAUGACUCCUGCAGUGCUUAUGGUGUCCUUCUUCCGUUCGGAUACCACUUUUCAAGUUUCAAGCAAUCCCAGGCUGCUUGUUUUUCCAAUUAACACACCAGGUAUAACGGAUAUUACCUUCCCUUUUGUCGAUGAUACUGAGUUAGAUGACUCGACUCGCGUACAAUUUCCUAUCGUUGUCCGUGCCUCCAAAGGCGCGAGGAUCUGGAGCUACCAGUUAGCUGACACCGAGUAUCCCUCUUCGCAAUCAGGUUCACAAAACGUUGAAGAUUCUAUGAAUACAUCUUUUAGCGCUCACACAGACGUGACUGUUGCAGGAGAUCAGGCCGAUAUAUCGAGAUUUGUGCGUCUAAUGCACGCCUCGAUACCACAGCGGUCAUCCGAUCACGAUAUACCCGAUGAAUACAACAAGUUUCAAGAGUAUGGAUAUAAGUUAUCAGAACUAAUGAAUAAGCGCAUAGAAAACUGGACGUCGGAAGUGGAACCCAGUAUGAAACAGGAAGGACGGCUUUCCCAACUCACUUCUGGCCCCGGAAAUCUUGGUAACAUUGAGGAAUUCAGCUCUUUGCUCCGCCAAUUCAUACAGUACUACCAGGAACAUGGGAUAACAUUUAACGGUUUUGAGAUGCUGUCUAGGUUACUCAUUCAUGAACGUUCGGAGUCCAUUGAUUUGUUUUUCAAUAAGUUGUUACAAUGUUGGGAACCUGUAUCUGAGGCAGCUUUCGCACUCACUAUGGAUAUAGUAACUCAAGUUGCUUUACAAGUUCUGGCUUUCCGUAGCGCAAACAAAAUAGAGGAGUUUGAGAAGCACACGUAUGAAAGCCUCCCUGAAAAUUCGAAGCAUAUACUGGACUUAUGGGAUUGUGAAGACCCUAGUUCCUUUGAGUCGCAAAAUUCGACGGCCACGCCUAAAACCAAUUUGGCCUCCAUUCAAUCCUCCAUGCCUUUCAACCUACCACCAAGCAUAAGGCAAUCCCAGAAUCCACCUGCUCUUCAAAGCAGCUUACCAGAGACAACAGCACCUGCAUUUUCAUUAAGCUCACAGCCACCUCAAUCACAAAGCACGCAACGACAAUCGGGUAAGAGAAAGAAACGGCGCAUCGGCGGUUUUGGCUAA